AUGAAUACCGAUCUGAACCGGCCGUCGCGGAAGCGGUCUAUGCCGAAGAAAUUCUCUCGCGAAGUGAAAGACGCGUGCUGGAAUAAGGCGGACGUAGUUAAAGGCCGCGACCCGGAUCGAUGGCGCCGGGAUAACGAGGGAAAUGUAGUCUUUCGCGCUUUCGACUCGUGCGACGGCCCAUUCUGCUUCGAGUUCGACCGAAUCGUUCCUCGAAAUAAGGGAGGCGACAGUUCAGCAGACAACUGCACCAUUCGCCAGACAUUUCUCUGCAAGACUCCACGGUCGCCUCGAGACAUUCAGAUCCUUGAAAGGGAAUUCUCGGAAGCGGACAUGGAUCUGAUUGAAAGGAGUGCGUUUGGAAAUGUUACACAGGCUUCACAAGGUUCAAGAUGCAGCAUACAGUAG